ACUUGCUAAAAAUGAAACCUAGCCUGCCGCGGAUGAGGGUAGGGAACAGAAAACGAAAACAAACCACUUGUCAGGUGAAAUUCAUGCAUAGCAGACGGUUAAUUAUUACGUCAGUUGCUGAAAUUGACACCGAUUGACGCGGACUUUACAUGCAGCGACACCGACGAGGUGCAUUUUUGCGGACAAGGCGGCCCUCCUUGAUGUCAACAACAACACCUGAACCACUUCCAUUGCUCCACCUCGCAAAUUUGGGAAUGUUGAACGUCCACUUCUGGAGGGGAUGCAUUGUCCAGGAAUGGAGACCAAGCACCCGGCCGCUAUAGGGGACUCCGCAGUUCAUUGAAUAGAGGCGUAAAUUGGAGCAUUUAAGGGAGUAGCGGCAGCCGUGGCGACCCGGUGGUGAGACUGACGCUACUCGAGCGAUGGCACACUUUGACACAGAGUACCAGCGCCUGGAGGCAUCAUACAGCGACUCUCCCCCUGGGGAGGAGAACCUGCUGAUGCACGUUCCAGAGGGAGCUAAAUCCCAGUGGCACCACAUAGAGAACCUGGAUCUGUUUUUCCAGAGAAUUUAUAAUCUGCAUCAGAAGAAUGGAUUCACUUGUAUGCUGCUGGGAGAGAUCUUCGAGCUGGUUCAGUUUCUGUUUGUGGUCGGCUUCACCGUCUUCCUGGCCAACUGCGUGGACUACGACAUCCUCUUUGCCAACAAGUUUGUGAAUCACACGGAUUCGUCAAAGGUCACAUUGCCCGACGCCUUUGUACCGGUGGACGUCUGCAGUGGACGCAUCCGAGACAAUGCAUUUGUGAUCUUUGUGCUGAUGAUCUCUGGGGUGUUUUGGCUACACCGCCUGGUGAAGUUCAUCUACAACGUGUGCUGCUACUGGGAGAUCCGAUCCUUCUACAUUCACGCCCUGAAGAUGACAAUGUCUGAGCUGCCUUAUGCAACAUGGCAGGAGGUCCAGGCCAGGAUAGUGGAGAUCCAGAAGGAGCACCAGAUCUGCAUCCAUAAAAAAGAACUGACAGAGUUGGACAUUUACCACCGCAUCCUCCGCUUCAAAAACUACAUGGUCGCCAUGGUGAACAAAUCUCUCCUUCCCGUGCGUUUUCGACUUCCUGCACUUGGAGACAGUGUGUUCUUUACCCGCGGCCUCAAGUAUAACUUUGAGCUCAUCUUCUUUUGGGGUCCAGGUUCUCUGUUUGAGAAUGAAUGGAGCCUUAAGUCGGAGUAUAAAAGAGGAGGAAAUCGCCUGGAGCUGGCUGACAGACUGGCAUCGCGUAUCCUGUGGAUCGGCGUGGCCAACCUCCUCUUGUGUCCCGUCAUCCUGGUGUGGCAGAUCCUCUACGCUUUCUUCAGCUACACAGAGGUGAUCAAGCGAGAGCCCGGUUCUCUCGGGGCGAGGUGCUGGUCUCUGUACGGUCGAUGCUACCUGCGCCACUUCAAUGAGCUGGACCAUGAGCUCAUGUCUCGCCUUAGCAAAGGCUACAAGGCUGCCUCCAAGUACAUGAACUGCUUCCUCUCUCCUCUGCUAACCGUGGUGGCCAAGAAUGUCGCCUUUUUUGCAGGGUCUCUUCUGGCAGUCUUGAUCACGUUGACCAUCUACGAUGAGGACGUGCUCGCGGUUGAACAUGUCCUCUCCUCGAUUACGCUGCUGGGAGUGUGUAUCACAAUCUGCAGGUCAUUUAUUCCAGAUAAACACAUGGUCUUUUGUCCGGAGCAGCUGUUGCGCAUCAUCCUGGCUCACAUACACUACAUGCCUGACCACUGGCAGGGCAAUGCACACAGAUAUGAGACCCGGGACCAGUUCUCCCAGCUCUUCCAGUACAAAGCAGUGUUCAUACUAGAGGAGCUGUUGAGUCCUGUGGUGACACCCAUCAUCCUCAUCUUCUGUUUGAGGAGGAAGUCCCUAGAGAUCAUAGAUUUCUUUAGGAACUUCACCGUAGAGGUGGUGGGGGUGGGAGACACGUGUUCCUUUGCCCAGAUGGACAUCAGGCAACAUGGGCAUCCGGCGUGGAUGUCUGCGGGAAAGACUGAGGCGUCCAUCUACCAACAAGCGGAGGACGGCAAGACAGAGUUGUCUCUUAUGCACUUUGCAAUCACCAACCCCCAAUGGCAGCCUCCCCGAGAGACCACGCACUUCAUCAGCCAGCUGAAGGAAAGAGUUCAGCGAGAGGCCACCGGGGCACCUCCAGACUGUCAUCCACUCUCCCUCUCCGAAUCUGAACCGAGGAGCCUGAUUGCUAAUCUUCUGGCGGCACCGUCCACCCUGGCCUCCGUUCAUUUUGGCAGGGAUGGUUCAUUGGGCAGUCAUGCAGCAGCAGCGUUAGCUGCCAGUGAUGGGGCAUCUGCCUUGCGCUCCCUUUCCCCGAUCAGCAGCAGUUUUCACCUGAGAGGCAGCAUGAGUGCAGCCUAUAGGACCACUGGACAUACCUCCGCCAUGAGCAGGACUAUGGCAGGCUCCGGGAUGGAUGCUCGAACUGUGAGUUCAGGCAGCAGUGCUUGGGAGGGUCAGGUGACCAGUUUGGUCCUGUCAGAGUAUGCCUCCACGGAGAUGAGCAUCCAUGCACUUUACAUACACGAGCUGCACAAGCAGCAGUCGCGCGGCGAGCUCUCGCGUCACACGUGGCACAGGCAGGAGAGCGACGAGAGCAGCGACAGCGUCCCAGACGAGGUCAAGAGCGUGCCCAGCUCACGCUACAAAAACUUCCCUCGCUCGCACACCUUCCCCACAUCGGUACCCAGUCCCUCUACUGUCAUCCCUUCUUCGGUUUCUGACAGCAGCGCCGCCAUGGGCCAGGAGGGGGCUUCAUCGCAACAGAGCAACCAGCGCAGAUACAGUGAUUCUUUAGGGGGGAAAGUGGUGACAAGGUCAGCCCGUGUUCCGAUGGGAGGGUGGGCUGAGGAUUAUCAGUCGGCAGCACCGCGCCGCCAUGAGUCACUACCAGAGGAGAGCUCUGAGGAUGAGAUGCCACCGCACAUACACAAGGUUUGUUAGCCAAGCCUUGGGAUCAACCACUCCUAACACACAUCACCAGUCUUGGCUGGAUCUUUCUCCUGGGGUCUGAGACGAAGAAGAUUUGUCUACAAUGGUCAUUUAAUUUAUCAUGUGGGACUUUCAUGGAUGAAACCUACACAAGUGGAAAUGUUUUCUAUAGAAGCUCUUAAUACAUGUUGCCCAGUAAGAGAAGGUCCUGUAUUUGUCGAAAGAUAACACACCAAUAUCAUGUGGUGUGUAUUGAACUUGCAGGUUUGUGUACAAAUUCAACAGAAAUCACGUUGCACUCAUGUUGUGGUUAUUGGAAAUCUAUUGUCUCUGUAGAAACAUCUGUGGAUUCUUUUGCAGCUGUAAUCCUAAGCAAACGUGUCACCGGCACAAGUGCAUGACUAUCACGCAUUAAUUCCAACCAAGAGAAGUGCAUCAUUCACUCUCUCAAUAUAAACCCAUCCAGCCAUCCAUUUCCAUCACAUAAUAGCGUAGAAGCAUUACUUUUUUUUUUACGUUUUUAUGUCAAUACAAAAAACAAUGAUGCACUUUAAUGACUUAAUGCAGAGGCUGUAACUCUAGAUUGUUUGCAUGUGUUUUAAUGUUGUAAUGUUUAAAUGAAAUCACUUAUGAAAAGGGAUGUGUGCCAUAAUGUUAAUAAAGGCAAUGUUUACAGUUCGGCAAGCUGGCGAGUCAAGGCAGGGUGUAGUGAUUUAGUGCUAGGGUACAAAAUGUGUGUUUAUAGUUCCUGUAAAAUAAACAUUUUGUACAGAUGUUAGUUAAGCUAUUAAACGGAAGCGAGCAACUGUGUGUCUAGAGUCGUAAAAGCAAGCGAUUAGCAAAAUUACAAACGCUGUGUUACUGGCAUGGCCUUCCUUUGUUUUUGUUUUGUUCAAG